AUGGCACAACAACAACAAUCAUCCAUAACUAUUGAAGUUUCCAAUGUUGAACCAUUUCAUGAACCUUCUCAAUUACCAACCUCACUUCAAUUAACUUUCUUUGAUCUUCUAUGGUUAAGAUUUCCACCUGUUCAACGUCUCUUCUUUUAUGAACUCACAAACUCACCCUCUUUUUUCUAUGAAACUCUUGUUCCAAAUCUCAAAAAAUCACUUUCACUCACACUUCAACUUUUUCUCCCUCUUUCCGGCAACAUAAUUUGGCCUAUUGAGUCAUCAAAACCAAUCAUAAACUAUGCUCACGGCGAUUCUGUUUCCUUUAUUGUUGUUGAGUCCAAAGGAAGUUUCAAAGAUCUUUCUUCUAAUCACUGUGAAGCUUCACAGAGACAUCACUUGAUACCUCUUUUGAAAACUUCACAUGAAAAAGCUUCUUUGAUUUCAAUUCAAGUCACUUUGUUUCCAAACAAUGGUUUUUGCAUUGGAAUAACCACACACCAUGCUGCUUUUGAUUGA